GGCACGCGGCGCGCGCAUCUACGGCGAGAUCCGCGGCUACGGUCUAAGUGGCGACGCGCAUCACCUCACGGCCCCACGGAGAACGGGGACGGCGCCUUCCGGUAGCGCUAUGCAAUCGGCGGUGGCCCAGUCGGGUCUUGCGCUCUCAGACAUUGGCUACAUUAAUGCGCACGCCACAUCGACGCCUCUGGGUGACGCGGCCGAAAACCGAGCGAUCAAGCGCCUCUUUGGGUCGCACGCCUACAACCUCGGCGUCUCGUCGACCAAGGGCGCCGUGGGGCACUUGCUGGGUGCGGCAGGCGCCAUCGAAGCCAUCUUUGCCAUCAAGGCCAUGCACGAGAGUGUGCUUCCGCCGACGCUCAAUUUGCACGACAAAACCGACGAAUUCGACUUGGACUAUGUGCCUCUCGAGGCCAAAGCCCGCUCGGUCAACGCAGUCCUCUCCAACUCGUUUGGCUUUGGGGGCACCAACUCGUCGCUCUGCUUUGCCAAGAUCUAA